ACCGCCACCGAACACUUUGCACACACCAGUUUUUCCCGACCGCUCUUCUUCGGUCUUCUGCCACUAUCCUCCCGGCCGUGCACCAUACCCGAAGACGCGCUUGCGAACCCGCCAGACAUCAGUCCACCGGCACCAGCCACACCGCACGAACGUGUUGCCCUCUCCGACCUGGUCCCAGUGUCCCUUGCACGUACAGUCUCCCGGGUCCGUCGUUCCGUCCGUCGAAUUCGCGCGUUCGCCCGUCCCUCCAGGUGCCCAGGCAACCCACCGAGUCAGAACAGUCCGCUGCAGUCCGACAUCGCCCAGAGCAACCGAACUACAGUUCGAGUGUUGCGGUUUGUCCAGCCGUCUCUCUAGCCGUCGUCGUUGUCGCCAGACAUUUGGAAAAGUCUCGAAAGGCCGAGAGAGCGAGAAAAAAUCCAACAACAACGGGUCGUUAGAAAACGCUUUUGCCGAUUCCGCGGUCGAUCGUUCAACGCGGACGUCGCAACAAUCUACCAACCCCCGAAGAGCCAUAAUGAUACUCUCCAAAUGCCAGUACGCGGCGAUCACGUUAUUACUGAUACAGAUGCAAGUUAUGUGCCAGGAGUCGAUUACCACGGAAGGCGGCGUGCUGGUGGGAAGCGGUGCCGGACCGACCGAGCUCUAUCCUAACGGCGACGAAGGCGUCGAAGACGUCGGCAGGGAAAACGUGUUCGUGCUCAACGACACCAGGGAAGCGCUGUCUCACGACGGUAGCGAACACAAUUCCGUGUUGUACGUCGGUGACAGCUACGUGCCGGUCACCACUCAGCUCCGGUCCAGGCCCAUAUCGCCGGCCGACUCGACCGUACUCGACUGGAGACUACAAACCGUGGAAAGUUGGGAUGGCCGGAGGCACGGCAACAACAAGACGCGAGUGCAACAUAUCGAAGCCGAGUGCCAAGACGAUUACAUGAAAAUCCGUAUCGGUUUCAAUGGCUCGUUCGGCGGUCUGCUUUACUCGUCCGGUUACUCGUACGACCCGGACUGCGUGUACAUCAACGGCACCGGACGCGAUUACUACGAGUUCUACAUACAGCUAAACAGGUGCGGCACGUUGGGCAAGAACUCCAGACAAGAAGACGCCAGGAAGAACCCCGCGAAAAAUCUCAUGUGGAACACCGUCACCGUCCAGUACAAUCCGCUGAUCGAAGAGGAAUGGGACGAGCACUUCAAGGUGACGUGUGAAUACGGUUACGAUUUCUGGAAGACCGUGACGUUUCCGUUUUUAGACGUCGAGGUGGCCACGGGUAAUCCGGUUGUUUUCACGCUCUCGCCGCCCGAGUGUUAUAUGGAAAUACGAUACGGAUACGGAACCACGGGCAACCGGGUGGGCGGACCUGUACGCGUCGGAGACCCGUUGACGUUGAUCAUCUAUAUGAGGAGCAAAUACGACGGAUUUGAUAUCGUGGUUAACGAUUGUUACGCGCAUAACGGAGCCCAAAAGAAGAUCCAAUUGAUUGAUCAAUACGGAUGUCCUGUCGACGACAAGCUCAUCAGCCGUUUCAGAGGAUCGUGGAGCGAGAGUCAAGUGUUCGAGACCCAAGUGUUUGCCUACAUGAAAACAUUCAGAUUCACCGGAUCGCCGGCACUAUACAUCGAAUGCGAUGUCCGUAUGUGUCACGGAAGAUGUCCGAGUCAACCGUGCCACUGGAGGAACGCAAAGAGCGUAUCGAAACGGUCCACUGACGUGGAAGUGGCUACAACCCCGGCGGCCCUCUCACAGAACAUCAACUUAUUCCAAUCGUUAAGAGUGCUCCAAGAAGGCGAAAACGGCGAAGACGCUAGCGCACUGAGCAACAGGACCACCGGGUACUAUACCGACAACAGUCAAAAUUCUGUGUGCGUGCGGUCCGGUUUGCUGGCCGGACUACUAGCGCUCGCCUCCACCGUCCUGUGCUUCCUGAGCUUGGCGCUGACGGUCAUGUGCUACCGGUCCAAACGGCUGGUCAAGGGCUGCGGCGACGAUCCAGCGCAUCACGUGAUCACUGGCGCACCAGCGAGAUGUUUCCUGACGCAUAAGGGCCGAAUAAAUUAACGACAACCGCAGUGCAGACUCGCGGGGAGGGGGGAAUCUACUAUUACGUACAACAUUUAGGUACAAACCAGUCUAUAAACUCUCACUCGUGUGGAACAUUUUCCGUUUUUUUUUCUUCUAAUUAUUAUAUUAUUAGUGUUAAUUAUUUUCUCCCGUUCGAAGUACAUCACAUAUGUGUAAACCGUCCGCGUUCAACGACGUGGACGAUUAGAGCUGUGUUUGUAUAUUCUUUGUAAUAAUCACGAUCGCGUACAGACAGAAUGAUUCGCAUUCGCGGUGCGGACAUUUCCAAAGAUGCGCGUCUUAGAGUGUCAACAACACGUAAGAAGUGCUAUACGGGCCCUGCAGGCUUUCAUUAUGAGACAACGGCAUAAUUUUAGUGCACAACAACGCACAUCGCGGUCGUACAUCGUCCCCAAGAAAGGUUCGUCCGAUGAAUAAUACUCGAUCUGUCUGUGCGAGAAAUCCCGUCACGCGAUCUUUCCCGUACUACGUCUCAUUCCCUCGUACCUAUAAAUAUAUAUAUAUAUAUAUAUAAACGAUACAUUUUACAAGUUAGGUUAAAUUAAAUAACAUAACUACUGUACGAGCUGAAAUCGAUACGAAUAGUCUUUGUGUGUAUUUUAAUUUUAAACUAUAAUUAUUUUUAUUAUUAUUAUUAUUAUUUAAGAAGUGAAUAAAUAAAUAAAAAAAAAAACAAAAAUAAAUGGGCCAUAAUAAAUAGAAGAAGACAAAAAAUAAAUGAAAUAAAACAAUCAACUGUGUUCGCCAACGAACUAGGUGUAGAGCGUACGCGGUGGGAUCAGGAUGUACCGACGGGACCGAAUCCCGGCCGACACGAUCGAUCGUCCGUCGUCGUGCGAAUACCGCACACCGUUGCGUGUCAAUCCGUCGGUCGUUUUUUUUUUUUUUCUACGAUUUUCUAUUUUUCUAUUUUUUCUCUGUCGGCGUAGAGAGACAAGCGCCCGUGCAGCGAUCGACGUUCGGUCGACGGUUCGGCGGCCGGGGGCGGUCCGCGGGACCGCACGUCACGCGCCGUCCGUCCACCGCACGUCCAGGCCCGCAGCCGCCG